CUUCUAAAUGGCGUCUCUCCUGUGCUGUGGGCCGAAGCUGGCCGCCUGCGGCAUCGUCCUCAGCGCCUGGGGAGUGAUCAUGUUGGUGAGAUAAUGCUCGGAAUAUUUUUCAACGUCCAUUCCGCUGUGUUAAUUGAGGACGUUCCCUUCACGGAGAAAGAUUUUGAGAAUGGCCCCCAGAAAAUAUACAACCUUUACGAGCAAGUGAGCUACAACUGUUUCAUCGCCGCGGGCCUUUACCUCCUCCUCGGAGGCUUCUCAUUCUGCCAAGUUCGGCUCAAUAAGCGCAAAGAAUAUAUGGUGCGCUAGAGGUCCAGUUUCCCCUCCCCAGCCCCCUCCUCUAUUUAAAGACUCCCUCCACCCUCACCUGGGUCGUUUUACCCAUUCUAGCGCUCUCUCCGGGACUGGGUUUCACGGGCUAGAGACUGAAUCCCUUGUUCCCCCUCGGGCCCUAGAGCAAAGGGAACGGAGGCUGGCCGUUCACUCUCUCUAGCUUCUUUGCUUUGUCCUGUACCACAAUAAAGAGAAUCUGCACUCUUAAGCCUUGUUUGUGCUUGGGUAAGAGGGCGGGGACCGGGCUGCUGCUGGAGGUCGACCUCCUUCGCGAGUCCCGACCCCUGGACGGAAGUGGAGUGAAGCCAGGCGGAAGUGAGGCGGUGGCUUCCAUCUCUCCUUCCCUGGGAGCGCCAAGGGGGUCUAGGACUGCGAUUGAUGAGGCGGGGCUGGACUUCAACCAAUCGACUGUGGGGAGGGCGGGACUUCCUGCACGGGAGCCGGAGCCUUUCAGUCGCCGGGCUCUCCGUGGUUCGGGCUCGCGUGGUGGUGGUGGUUGCGGCAGCGGCGGCGUCUCCGUGAGGAGGCGCGUGGGGCCAUGACGUCAGCGUCCACAAAGGUCGGAGAGAUCUUCUCCGCUGCAGGGGCUGCCUUCACCAAGCUCGGGGAGCUGACGAUGCAGCUACAUCCUGUGGCCGACUCUUCACCUGCCGGUGCGAAGUGGACAGAGACGGAGAUAGAGAUGCUGAGGGCUGCUGUGAAGCGAUUUGGGGACGAUCUUAAUCACAUCAGCUGUGUCAUCAAGGAACGGACAGUGGCUCAGAUAAAGACCACUGUGAAACGCAAGGUAUAUGAAGACUCUGGCAUCCCUCUUCCAGCUGAGUCACCCAAGAAAGGGCCCAAGAAGGUGGCUUCUGGUGUCUUGUCACCUCCAGCUGCCCCUCCACCCAGCAGCUCCAGUGUCCCUGAGGCUGGGGGUCCCCCCAUAAAGAAACAGAAGGCUGAUGUGACACUCAGUGCUCUGAACGACUCCGAUGGCAACAGUGACCUAGUGGAUAUUGAAGGGCUGGGAGAGACUCCUCCAGCCAAGAAACUCAGCUUCGACCAGGCCUGACCCUGGAUUCUGGCCUUCUCAUGACCUCUACUGAUCUUCCUCUACUCUCCCACUGAGCCUGCCACCUCUGACCCCUUUCACUGUUCACCCUGGACCUGUUGGAUUGCUGGGUACUCUGAGCAAGGACUGCACGAGAGGGCCAGAAAGCUGCUGGGGCUGUCCACCUUGUUGUUCCCAUAUAAGUGUCUUCCCCAACCCCUUUGCCUUCUAUCUGAUGGACAUUUUUAUAGAAAACAAUAAAGAUUUCCCUCUUA